CCUGUCAGCACUCUUUCAAUGAAAUGAAUACUGAAAACUCUGCCUGCCUACCUUGGGGCAGGGUACGUUUCACUUCUUUAUUUUUAAACUUGGCCUCUAGAAUAUUCCAACAGAUCAGCAACUGUUUGCGAUCAUCCAGCAAAUCAGCAGGAGGACAGGCACGGAUUGUGUCCCAGAGACAUAAGGCUAAGUGGGACAGUGUGUAGGAUACCUGUCAGGUUAUUCCCCGCAACAGGCAUCAGAAAGGUUCCUCCCGCAGUAUCUCAUCACAUAAACAUGAAUGUUGCACGAUUCCAAGACACUGCAAUGAGGUUUCUGGGUUUCUUUCUGAUUUUUAUUCUGAGUUAUUGCCGGGUAAAUGGCUUUUAUCAAAGUUCAGAACACCGCUUGUGCCAUGUUGCCGAGAAGAAGGGCGCCAUCCAAAUGGAUAUGGCGGCGAAUUCUGCUGAUUACCACUUCAAUCACAGCCCAGAGUCGGACAAGAUAGCAAUCGACUACAUUGAGGUGGAACGGAAGAAUAAUGGCACAUUCUACGAUGCAGCCUGGCUCCAGGCCUCCGAGGAAUGGCAGCGCAGAAAGCUGAAGGUCAGCAUUCCAGAGGGAUUGCUGGAAGAGCACGUCAUAGCAGUCUUGUGCUACACCUCAGACCAGCCACCUCUCUACAGAAAUUUCAAUAAAGCCAUCAGAAACUACGGUGUGAAUGAUGAAAUAUAUUCUAAAUGUUUCCACUACAAAAGUCUACAUUACUUUCUGUCAGUCACUCUCAGCAUAUUACAGAAUAGUGCUUGGCGCCCUGAUCCAGGAACACGUGUUUACAGAGGGAUGGACAGGAGGGUUCAGGUCAGCAAAGGGGAAAACAUUCGUUUUGGGCAGUUUGCAUCAACGUCUUUGGAUAUAAUGCAGUCCAUUACAACGUUCACCAAUGAGGAGACGAGCAGCAACACUCUCUUCAACAUCACCACAGCCCAUGGCGUCUCCAUCCAGAACCUUUCCUUCUUCCGCACUGAGGAGGAAGUGCUCAUCCCACCUCACGAGGUGUUUAAAGUUACAAAAGUGGUCGACUGGGAAGAUGGGGGUCUGGGUGUCAACAUCGUCCUCUCAUCCAUUGGGACCCAGCAGACAGAGGUCCGCCUAGAGUCCGAUGGUCCUGGCCACCUGCGGGUAGUGAGAGUGCUGGAAGCUCCAUCUUUGUGGUGGGCCUCCAUUCUGAUCAUUCUGCUGAUUUUGCUGCUCGCUCUAUGCAUCGUGGUUUUGAAGAAACGGAAGUUAAUUUCUGGUUGACUUGAACCUGCAGAAUUUGUGAAGCAGAGACAGUCUCUCACAACAUGGACGGUGAUGCCACCCACUUCUAAUUACUGCCCAGCCUUCUGCAGAGUUGCCUGGCUUCAUUGGCUGUUUUGGAUUCAUCUCAUUCCAAAUGUAAAGAUCCUGCUAAAUAUCAUUGAAGAGUAGCAAUUAUUAAUUUGUAGCUUCAAGGCAAGAGACUUCAAGCGAAAUAAUCAUCACUGAAACACAAAGAGAAAGGGCAAGAUAUCUUUUGACUGUUCCUAGGGAAGUACAAGGCUACGCCUGUUCUUGAUUCAUAAGACACAGCAAAAGAUAAACUGUAGGUGGGGCUGCAGAUAGGGAAUCCUUUUUCAGCACCCCCUUACAUUUUCUGCACUCCCGAAGGACCUCCCCUGUUCUUGGUGCUUAAUACCACGUUUCCUUUCUUGUUUUUGUCGAAUGCUCAACCUCCCUUAAUAUACGGUAUAUCCUUGACUUGCCAUCAUUUACCCUUCACUCGUAUAUGAACAAAUUGUCUUUGAUUUCUCACUUUUUCCCUUUCAAUAGAUUUUCAUUUCCCAAAAGUGGAAUUAUUUUUAAUUUUAAUUUUUUUAAUUUUAUUUAUUAGAAGUACAUUACAAUAAUA